AUGAUGUUGUCUAGGGUAUCCGCGAGAUUGCCAAGAUGCUUGAUUGCCCAUUCGCGGCGACUCUAUAGCAUGACUCCGCAAUUUGAUGAAAGUGAGAUGUUUGGUGAGAAACUGGAAGGUAAGCCAUACAAGGCCAAGAGAUUGAACAAAUUUGAUUACGACUGGACCAAAGAUGUGAAACAUCAAGCCUCUCAGGAGGAGAUUGAGUCGCGCUAUGUGAAGAUGAUGAAACUUAACGCUAUUUUCAAGGGAUUAGGGUUGUUUGUCUUAAUUGGUGGUGGAGCAACACUGUACCUAAGUUGGCCUAAUAUAAAAAGCAAAUAUAUAAUGCUAGGUAAGAGCAAUCAACUACCUAGCGAUGGCUCUGAGGCUAUUUUUGCCAAGAAAGAGCCCGUUUUGGUAGGGAAUGUAUCCAAAGAAGGCACACAUGUUCUGAUGUUUGGACAGAUGAAUAAGUCAACCAUCCCCAAAGCUAUUAAAGAAGCAUUCAACAAGGAACUAAAAGAUCUCAUUAUCUUAGAUGAUAAGAAAAAAUGUCUAGGUGUUGAUCAAGCAGGUAAUUUAGUUGAUAUACUCUCCGAUGAUGUUAUUUUAAGAGGACAGAAGCUUGAACAAUUGAAAUUAUCCGGUAAGACUAUUUAUGCAUUGAACAAAGACGGUAAGAUUUUGAUAAUACCUGUGGGGCACAUUGAUAAUUUGUCCAAAUAUUUGGACUACCAUAGAUCUUGGCUGUUCCCUUGGCGUAAGUACCCGGUUUACAAUAACCAAAUUGAUAUUAAUCAUGUAUUUAAUACUAGGAAAGGUGAGAAAAAGAUUUCUCAGUUUGAUGUUGGUAAAGAUCAUUUAGUCCUAAUAUCUAACCAUGGUAAGGCCUAUACCUGUUCGACUGAUGGAUCGGAUGGAAAUAAAGAGUCAUUUGGUCAAUUCGGGAUUCCCUAUUUUUCAAAAUUUGAUACCUUUCCAGUAGCGCACGAACUCCAUGAAAUUGAAAUGCUAAAUAACUCAUUCGACCAAUCAGGCAAAGUCAUCAGCAAGUCCAUCGAACAAGUUGCAUGUGGAGACUAUCACACAUUAGCCAGAGACUCGUUAGGAAACUUGUAUAGUUUCGGAUGGAAUAGGUUCGGUCAAUUGGCUAUGCCAAUUUCAUAUAAAUCUGAAUCAAUUCCUUACCCAAAGAUUAUCAAUGGUGCAUUCAACGCCCAUUUCCCUGGGGCAAAUGCGCUGGAUAUAAAAUGCAUAGAUUUGAAUUGCAGUGCUGAAACGUCUUAUGUCACAAUGAAAGCGUCGCCUAAAUCUGGGCAUAUUGUUGGUGAAAGUAAAAAAGCAAUUGACAUGAAUAAAGAACAUUAUUUUGCAUUUGGUAAUGGAUUGGAAGGGGAAUUAGGCAAUGGUAUCUAUAAAAACUCUCAGCAAGAACCAACCCGGAUAAAAUUUGAAAACGCAAAACCUGUCGGCGACAUUAAAGUGAAGCAGUGGUACACUGGGCCACAUCAUGUAAUUUGCAAACUUGACGAUGGUCGUUUGGUAGCAUGGGGGAGAAAUGAUUCCGGUCAAUUGGGUAUAGGUAAAAAGAUUAAGCAAAGCAAACCCACAAAUGUACCAGCAGUUCUACUACAAGGACAAUCGAAGAAAUUAUCUGAUUUAAGUGAAACGAUAAUAACUUUAAACCCCAAUGAGAGAGUUUUCACUAGUUCAUCAACGUCAUGUAUAUAUAACUAUUAA